UUCAUAUCUACAGAUAAAGAACAAAUUAAAGCAGAAAAUUCAAAUAUCACUACAAUGAUGAACUUUGUUCUCUUGGGGUUUUCUGAUAUUCUGAAUCUCCAACAAAUUCUAUUUGGUAUAUUUUUACUCAUCUAUUUGACUAUCUUGGUGUGCAACAGCAUUAUAAUAUUAAUAACAAAAAUUGACCCUGCUCUCCACACACCCAUGUACUUUUUUCUUGGCCAUUUUUCUUUUUUGGAAAUCUGUUAUGUAACAGUAAUUCUUCCGAGAAUGCUCAUGGACCUUUGGACUCAGAAGGGACAUAUUUCUUUCCUUGCUUGUGCUAUACAGAUGAGUUUUUUCCUUAUGCUUGGAGGUACAGAGUGCCUCCUAUUGGCAGUGAUGGCCUACGACCGCUAUGUGGCCAUUUGUAACCCUCUCCAUUAUGCUCUAGUGAUGAACCACAAGGUCUGCAGCCAGCUGGUGGCUGCCUCCUGGAUCAGUACAGUUCCUCCUGUCAUCGGACAAACAUGGAUGAUUUUCUCUUUGCCCUUUUGUGCAUCUCACACAAUCAAUCACUUCUUCUGUGACGUCCCUCCAAUACUCAAGCUUGCUUGUGGGGACACAUUUGUUAAUGAGAUAUCAUUCUUUGUAGCUGCAGUUGCGGUGGUAUUCAUCAUGGCUCCUUUUCUGUUGAUUGUUGUCUCCUAUGGCAAAAUUAUCUGCAACAUUCUGAAAUUGUCCUCAGCCAGAGGGAGGUCUAAAGCCUUCUCCACCUGCUCUUCUCACCUGACGGUUGUGGUGCUAUUCUAUGGGACAGCCACCAUCACUUAUUUACACCCCAAACCUAGUCAGUCUGAGGGAACGGGGAAGCUAAUCUCUCUUUUCUACACUGUUUUCAUCCCAACUUUGAAUCCUAUCAUAUAUACUCUGAGGAACAAAGAUAUCAUGAUGGCACUAAGAAAACUACUAACUAAAUUAUUACCAUAA